UUUAGAAAUAUUUUCCUGUGCGUUUGUAACUGGCUAAGAAAAAUAAAUGCAUAUUAUUCUUGUGAAUGGUUACAAUAAAGUGACCAUUCACUGAUGAAAACUUCUUUAGUAAACAUCCGCAAGUUUAAUAGCUUAAACAUAGAUUAAUAAAAUAGUCAGUUUCCAAUUAGUGCAAAAUUAUACAUUUGUAAAAUAUGUUUUUUAUUGACUCGAAUUUUAGACAAAACAAGCAACAUGUGCUAGUAGUUUGUGCUAUUUUAGUCAUCAGAGUAAAAAACAUUUGAACAAUCAGCGAUUUAACCCCAAGAAAAAUGACCGGACAUAUUUCAGACUUCUCAACCCAGAAUCUUCUCACUAGAUUUAAGACUUGAAACCUAAAAGUUCAGAAAAAUCACAAAAAACAAACAAACAAGAAGAACACCUUCUUAAAUAAAGUUAGAAGCUUAAGAUAUAGCGAGUAAGUUGCUCUACAUGUUUCAAAAAUGUCCCGCUAGUUUGGCGGGUAACUGAGUUGCGAUCAGUUUUUUUUCACAAUUCUAUUAUAAAAUGUUUAUUAUUUAAUCAAAAUAAAGUCUCCGCUUUAGAAAAACCAAACUUUUGGAGAAACCACGUGAGGCAUAAGACAGCCGACGAGUUCUUUUGAGUUCAUCAUUUUCCCUUUGUUUUUCAUCAAACUUCUCUAAUGUGUCGACUUGUAUGUUGUCAAUAAAGUUUGAAAUCUCGUGCCUAGUGUGAUGUCAUCGACUCGCAAACAUGAAAAGCAAAACUAGGUUUAAAAAAAAAGUUAUAUUUUGUGAAACUGUAUCGUGGCAAUAACCGUUUCAUUACCCAGCUCUCUUCUUAUUAUCAGUGUACAUCUGAGAGAGAAAAAAAGCUACAUCUCUGGAUUGUAUCUUUAAGCCUGUGUUUGUUUAACAGAACCCAUCUGGAAGUGUUGCGUUAAGUUCCACCAGCCUCACUGUUCGUGUGUCGCUAAUGUGCAGCGAGGAGGAGCUGUUCGCUGCUGAUGCGUUAUCACCAGGAGAGGGGAAAGGGGAGGGGAGGGCUUACAAGCCCAGUUCCGCGGAACAUCCUGCAAACAAGUCCGGGAGUCGAAACCAAACUCCGCUCAGUGUUUCCCCCCCCCCUCGCGGCGCUUCGCUCCCUCCGUGCUCGUGUCGUGAUGCCGCUCCGUGGGGAGGAAGUCUCAGCGCUCCAGCUCUAGUUGCCCUGCUGGACAUAUGAGUGAGCGCCGUUUUAUUGUUUUCGUCUCCGAAUGCACGGCGGUGGGACAUCCGGCAUGGAGAGUCCGUAGGAGGAGGAGGAGGAGACCACGGUCGCUACUGGUUUGGUAAAGAGAGCGCGAGCGCACCGACGCACGCGCUUUUCUGCGCUCGAGAUGGACUUCAAGAAGACAAAAUUUGGAAGGUACAUGAACUGCAGGGUGCCGGCCAACAAGAGAUACCAGCCCACAGAGUACGAACACGCAGCCAACUGUGCCACACACGCGAUUUGGAUUCUUCCCAGCAUGGUGGGCGGGUCUGUGCUUUACUUCCUGUCUGUGGACAAAUGGCACCGGGUGGCCGCCUUGCUCUAUGGGAGCGGUCUGACCGGCCUCUUCCUCACCUCGACGCUCUUCCACACGGCUGCCUGGAAGAUCAGCCAUCUCCGGAAGGUGGAGGAACGUUUCCACAAGUGUGACCGGAUGGCCAUCUACUUCUUCAUCGCUGCCUCCUAUUCUCCCUGGUUGAUGCUGAGGGAGCUGGGACCCUGGACGUACCACAUGCGCUGGCUGAUCUGGGUCAUGGCUUGCGUUGGGUCCACGUACGUCUUUUUUUUCCACGAGAGGAACAAACUGGGAGAGCUGCUGGGAUAUGUGACAAUGGGGGCUGUUCCUGCGUUGGUCAUUCUGUCCAUGGUGGACCGCGCAGGUGUGUGCGAACUCGCUCUGGGAGGCGUCUUCUACGCGGUGGGCGUGGCCUUCUUCAAGAGCGAUGGGCUUGUCCCAUUCGCCCACGCCGUAUGGCAUCUUUUCGUUGCGGUCGGAGCGGGCAUUCAUUACUACGCCAUCUGGAGGUACCUGUACCUGGCGGGACCACAGCCGCAGACGUCGAGGUGACGGACAGCUUUCCAGCCGAUCUCACUGGAGGAUAAACACUGGAAGCUGCCGAUUCGAAACCCGAAGGCGGCUACUGAAGGCCGCACUUAAACGGACCGAAGAGUUUCAUCUUGGGUUGGUGCUGAUGAUUAAACUCUCAGUUUUAGGGACGAAACACCUGAUCAAAGCCAGUACAGUAUGAUAAAUGGGAGCUUAUUCUAAUAUAUUAUUGUGAUUCUGCUGUUAAAGAGCUGACUAAGAGCAUUAUUUGUAUUAAGUUUUCAUUUGUUUCUCCAGCUCAAGGACUGGUAAACCUCAUCCAUGUGUGCCUAAAUAGAAAACUGCAAAAGUUUUAAGCACUUUAAGCCUACUUUUUUUUUUUUAAGCAAUAACUUAUAUCACUGCUAAAAUAUUUUCUGUUGUUGCUAAACAUAUAUAGGUUUAGCAUUGAAAUAUCUUCAGUAGAAUAAUUUAAGGUCUAUGGUGGCUCAAGUGUUGAAAUUGUUCACAUUUUGUCAUGCUACAACCACAGAUGUCAACGGGUUUAAUGGUGAUUUUAUGAGACAGUAACCCAACAAAAAGGUGGUGCAUAAUUGUGAAGUAAAAGAAGAAUAAUAGACUUAUUUAGGUUGACGCUUACACUCGGAGCUGCAACAAAAGCUUAAAUCGAGUCAUGUUCGUGAGAAUGAACGGCUCAAUUAAAGUUCAGACGUAGGUCAGGUUCUUUUGGAAAGAAGAAAUUUUAGUCUCAAGAUGCAUCAUUCCACCUCAAAACACAAGCGCACCGCACUUUUCAGACUUUCAUUGACAAAGAAAUGUGAGAACCAUAAUUUUUUUUCUACUUCACAGUCAUAUCACAUAAAACCCCAUUAAACCACGUCAACGUUGAUGAUCGUAACAUGAGAAAAUGUAAAGUUUAAGGGGUAAAUGUACUUUUGCAGUGCAUAAUGGCUGCAGAUAAAUUAUCUCUGAAGCUAAAUGAAGAUCAUUGUCAGUGGAAUGUUGAUUGGCUGUCAGGGGAAAAACCAGAAUGUCUUUUCUAUGCUAAGCUAGCAUAGGAGCUACUUUAUGUCAGCAUGAAGCAAUAAUUUACAAGAUGGUCGUUUUAGUGGUCCAGAUUCAGAGUUGUGAAGAGUUUCUAAAGGACUCGAAAAAUUCUUUGGGGGAGGAUUUUGGCUGUCUUUUCCAUGCAAGUCUAGUUCAAGUACCAGAUCCUGGUAGCAUGUUGUGUCAUAUGGAGGACAAAAGAAGAAGAAUCGGUAUCAGAGACGGGUCCCUUACAAGAUGCAUCGUUUUCUCCUUGGGAAUCACAACAUCUCAGCAAAAAUAUUAUUUUCCUUUUUUUAAAACAGGAAUCUGGUUUUUGCUUUUCGUUACAGGCUGCUGGUAACAAAGUGCCCAAAGAUCCAGUUCAAAAUGAGUUCUUUGCUCAGUUGGGUUGUGUAUGUUUGCACUCAACACUAAUUCAACAAUAAGCAGCGACAAUUACUGAAUAAUUUAUAGGCUGGACUUAGCUGACGUAAUGAACAACAUGAAACUGAUCAGCUGUUGGCAGUGAAAAUGAAAAGAAAUUGGUGAUAUCUCAAGGUUUUUUCACAGUAACUGUUUGCUUUGGGGUUCCAAAAGUUACCAGCCACUUUUAAUAACUGACUUUGUCACACGGUGAGAGUUUAAGGGAGGCAUUCUUUUAAAGAUAUGCUCUGUGUUUGGCUAAGAAGUUCUGGUUAAAAGUCCACUCAUCCGGUGGACCGAGAGCGUGGGGAGCAAUGGAGACGGACCUAAAGCUCCUGUGGAUCAACAGCUGCUCUCAGGAUGAAUAUCGUCUGAUUGUAAUUUUGUUGUUGAUUUUUAUUGUUUGUGAAGGUGUCGCUAAUUAAUUUUACACGAUUUGCUAUGGUAACAUGUCGAGGUUAAAUAACUCCAAUCUGGGAUAGUUAAAGAUGCGUCAUAGAGAACUGACAAAAGGAAAGGUUUUAAAUUGUACAGGCAAAUUCAAGACGGACUGCAGGGGAUCUAAAAAAGUGUGUUGGCAAAUAAAAUGAGACGAUAAAUUAUUCUUUUUUUUUUUGCAAAUUUAACACGUUGUAGUUG